AUGACGAAGUCUAAGGUUGCACCGCGUAACAUCAUGGCGGCUAUUGCGGAGCAAUUUCCUGAUGAUCAUCCAAACACCAGACACAUCUACAAUUGCCGGAAUGACUUCAGAGAGGAGAUGUCUGAUGGGAGAGGAGUUGUUCAGCAAUUUCUACAUUUGGCGAGACAGAGUCAGUAUGUUUACUGGGUCAUGUCCGAUGAUGAAGGCGUUUUACAGCACGCCUUUAUGGCGCAUCCAGUCAUGGUAGACAUCCUACGGACGUACCCCUAUGUGAUCGGUAUGGAUUCCACUUACAAGACUAACCGAUACGGGAUGCCGUUCUUUGAGAUAGUUAGCGUGACACCGACAAAUCAGAAUUUUCUCGUCGGUUACGUGUUCAUGCGCAACGAGAGCACGACAAGCUAUCAAUGGGUUUUGCAGAGGUUGAGAGACGUGAUUGGGUAUGAUAAGGAGCCGUCGGUUUUCUUGACAGACCGUGAGCUUGGGCUAUGUGCUGCAUUGAGGGAAGUGUUUCCAGGAACCUCGCACUUACUUUGUCGAUGA